UAAACCAUCGAUUUCAAAGGUCAUCGACUGACAGCUUUAUGGUAAUAAGAAUGAACGCUCGUGCUGUUUCUAUGAUGAACCUAGUGGAUUUGUUAGCUUUCUUGUCCUCAAGCUGAUUUCUUCACUGUUUUGUCUUUUUCUCCGCCAUUACAAAAGAAUUCAAAAGCAAGAGGUGACACGCCAUGUUGAUUUAGAUCGCUCACAGCAUCAGAAAGCUUUUCACAUUUGACAACCCGACGAAGACGUCGAAGACGAAACAGAAGCACGAGUCUGAAAAUUGCACCAACGACUGGAGGAACCAUGGGAAGCAAAACCAGGGAGCUUAUCCUUCUGAUCUGGAAGUCUCAAACAUACUUUGGGCAGCUUCAAGUUGGUGUAUGGUUCGUUUCGUAUUUGGCAACUUUAAUAGGAUUGGAAGUACUUUAUUCUCGAGGCAAUUACCUUAUUUGCAACGGCACAACAGAGUAUCUUGAUGUGAAAUGUCCUGACAGUGACAGCCCCGCUUUGAAAAUGCAACGGCCUUUCAUAAGAAUAUAUGGUGGCGUUUAUUUUGCCAUUUUGUUAAUUUACACUCUUUACAUUGUUCCCAGGCUUUGGCGAUUCCGCAGGAGAAAAAACACAACACCGUUAUGUGGUCUUUACGCCGUUUAUUGCUUGCAACUCUUUGUAAGACUUUGUUAUAACGUUAUAAUGUUUUUCGUUUACAUCUCCCUUGUCUUUUACACGUUCCCAGUUCGUCUAAACUGUGUCGUUCCCGGCUUGGAAGAUGCAAGUAUCACCUGUGUUGAUAAGUUUCGAACAGCGAAAUCUGCCCUGCAGACCACAGUCUUACUAGUUAUUGUGGUGCUAACAUUGUUCUCUCUACUUGAAUUCAUAUUCCUGUUGAGUCUCACAAGGUCGAGAAGUAGAACAAUCUUCAUUGGAGAUGCAAACCAACGGAAAGAACACCUUGAUAAUGGCUGUUGGUGUGAAUGUGUUAUGCCAACGGAUCAACAGUUUGGCUUGUUUCGCCUCCACUUGAGCGAGGUGUGUGAGUAUCGCGAGCCUUCUUGCGAAUAUGUUAGCCCUUUAAGAGAAUAUCUGGUUGACAUGAGGAAUAUUUACUCGACGAAAACAGAAUAUAUCGACAGUUCUCCCCUUGACAACGUCGAUGCCUUGAAACUGGACGAUAUGUUUACAAGACCAGUGUUGUCAGGGGUAAAAUGCCCCAAAACUAUGGCAAACAAAUAUUUAGCUGCAAAAAAUUCAGAGAGUCUGGAGGCUUUUGGGAGUAUUUCGAUAACAGGCAAGGCAGGAAUGGGAAAGACCACCUUAGCUCAAAAAAUCGUCAGAGGCUGGGCAAAGGAAGAGUCGUCACUCACGUCACGCAUCAAGAUUCUGCUUUGCUUCGAUUUUAAAGCUCUGGAAGACUCUCCUGGCGACGGAAUUUCGUUCGAGGAUUUAAUCCGCCGCCAGGUUUCUUUAGAUCUUCCUAAAGACCUCCUUGAUUUUGUGAAAAGAAAUCCCAAAGCGACGCUAAUCGUGGUUGACAACGUCUGCGAACCAAAAUCUGGAUGCCAGGAAUCUGACUUCGCCGAUAGUUUUGAAGAAAAAAUGCCCUUUUCAGCCUUGUUGAAGAAACUUGUGACUGGAAAAAUCUUAAAGGGUGCAACAGUUCUAACCUUGUCUAGGCUUACAGAGAACAGUGUUGCAAAUUUGUUCGGCGUUGCAAGUCAAACAGAACUCAUGGGAUUUUCUCCGAGUGAAAUCAAUGGGUACAUUAAGAAGUAUUUCUCAAACAGUGACGAUUGUGAAGACGACGAGUUGGCCACUGCCAGGUUGAAAGAGAAUUUGACAGACAACACACUUUCCAUAUGUUGUGUUCCACUACAUUGCUUCUACAUUUGCACUCUCAUGAAAUGGUUAAGAGGCUCCAAUGGCGCAGUUGUGCCAGAGACCGCAGGGAACCUCCCUGAAACCAUCACCGAACUCUAUAUUGGCAUAGCACAAAUUAUUUCCUGCUUGCAACAGACUACCAGGAAGCCAACCAGCCUGAGUGCAAUAGAAACACACAUACCAAGCUCACAAAAUGUUGUAGAGGCCUCUUCAGAAGACUCAAGGUCACCACCGGAAACUGCUACGACAUCAACUCAAAGCUUUCCUACGCAGGGUCUCACCCAGCGAAAAACAUCCUCAAAAAAGCAGUUUGCUCUUCAUAACCUGGCAGAAAUUGACACAAAAGUCUGCUCUUUGGCAAUGCAGAGUAUUGAUGAGGAAAUGACUGUGUUUGACGUUGAUUACCUUCGCUCCAUGUUAUCUGAGGAAGCAAUUCCGCGUUACUUCAAAAGAACGAGACAAACAGAUGACUCCGAAAAGGUGCAGUUCACUUUCCGAUGCGACUUUCUUCGGGAAUUUCUCGCAGCCUACUUUGUUGUGUCCGACAGGUCAUUAAAAAGGCUAAAGAAGUUAGUCGAGCAAGUAAAGAAUAACAGUUCGAGAAAGCGAGACCAAGUGCUUCAGUUUGCUUGCGGUCUGCAAUUUUGUGAUUCACAGGCCUCAGACCGAAAAAAGAAAGAAAUGAUUGAUCUCGUCAAAGGGUUGUACAGUGUGUCUCAAUCUGAAGACAAGAGAAGGCAAAAUGAACUUCAGCUAUUAAUGUUGAAAUGUGCGGCCGAGAUAAAGGAUGAAAAGAUCUCACGUGAGGUGGCGAGCAAGAUGAUCCCUAUCGUUGAGUUUUCUGGCUGUGAGAUUGGAGUUGCAGAAUGCUCUGCUCUCGCAAAUGUGUUAGGGACGUCACCAUUCGCUUCCAUCAGUAGUGUAGAUUUAUCGGAUAACACAAUCAGCGUGAUGGGCGCACGUCAACUCACGCAGAAAUUAUUGCUUCCUGGUAAGGGCCCAACAGAAGACUUGAAUGUACAAGGCAACGUUCUGGGUGAUGAGGGACUUAAGGAACUUACUGAAGCUCUUAAGAAAAGGGAGUGUAGACUGAAGACGUUAAACGUAGCUGACAAUUACAUAACAAGCGAUGGUGUAUCAAAGUUAUCGUUAGCACUUGAGUCAAACACUUGUUUAGAAGAGUUGAACCUGAGCUGUAAUGAGAUCUGUAGUCAAGGCGUUGAACAUCUAUCAAAAGUUCUCCAAAACGAAAAUGGUAAAAUCACUAAGUUGAAUCUAUCCUGGAACGAUAUUGGAGACGACGGAGUGAUGUGUUUGGCGUCAUUUAGACAAAGCACGCUUAAUCUUGCUUGGAACAACAUUGGUAUGAGAGGCGUUCAUUCCUUCAUCUCGAUAUUUCAUACGUUAAAGAAUUUAGAGGAACUUGAUCUGAGUGGAAAUACCGUUGAGUCAGUGGGAUUAGAAGCACUGUUGCCUUGUUUCAUGGAUACAAACUGCAAGUUAAAGUGUCUGGAGUUGAACCACUGCAAAAUACAAGACGAGGGAGUCAUCCAUUGCUUAAAGGUGUUAAACUGUUUGCAUAAUCAAAUCACACGUUUAGGCCUCGCUGGCAACAACAUCACAAACGCUGGAGCAGAGAAAAUAGCAGAGGCUCUAACUUCCUUAGAAUGCAGGAUCAUCAUUCUAAACUUGAGCUCCAACCUCAUCGGUGACAGCGGAGUAGAAAGUCUUUCUAAAAGCCUGAGUAGUCCAAACUGUGGCCUACGAGAACUUGAUUUGAGCCACAAUCAAAUUCAGUGUAAGGGCUGCAAAUGUUUAGCAGCAGCAAUCAGAAAGCCCAACUGUUUACAGUGUUUAAACCUUGAAGGUAACCAUAUUGGUGAUGAAGGAGCUGCAAAAUUGUUGUCUGCUCUCAGGAUUCAUAGCAACAAACUCCAAACUUUGGUGCUGGAUUCAAAUGACAUUGGUGAUGAGGGCAUCGCUGGCUUACCACAUACAUUUAGAAGUCCUCAUUGCAAGCUGGGUCGUCUUGACUUGGGAAGAAACAUUAUCAGUCGAAACAGCAUCACAACUGUCAGCGAAGCAUUGAAGAGUCCCUUCUGCCAUCUGGAACAUCUGCGCCUGAAAGAUUCACGAUUAAGCGAAUCAUUCGAGACAAAGAAAAGCCUUCGAGCCAGUAAGCUGACCGAUAAAGUAUAAGUUGGUGAUUUUCGCAUUCUCUUAUUUUAUUAUCGAAUUGAUAGCAGUUACUAAGUCUUUCAAAAACUUUAAGUUACCAUGGAGUCGAAUUUUGUUUCUCGUAAUCGCAUUGAUAUCGAGUUGUGUUGACCUGGAGAUAGUCUGCGUGGUCUAGCGUUUUAUUUUAUUUUGGAAUAUGAUGACUUAGACGGCUCGAGAUUUUAUUGAGCUGUUAGGUUUCAGCAAGUUAAGAUAUGAGUCUUUUCAUACCAGGUCGCGCAAGCUGGAACAUGUGAAAAAUUGUGUGAUUUGGCUGCAAACUUGUCGUUAUGCUUGUACGUAAACAUUUCAGUUUUCUUCCUUAGUCUUAGCUUUCAGUUCUUGAUUGUUCGAGGAUUUGAUAACGGUAUCCAACUACUUAAUGAACAGAGAGCAAAGCGUAAUUCUUGAAUAUUUCCCUUAUUAAACUGAGACCACCUUGUGUGGUAUGUAGUUUCUUCCAAACCGCUUAGCUUUCCCGAGCGAUCCUUUUUCAUAAUCAAGUGAUUUUAUUCAGAUCUAAUUAGAAAACACUACACAGCAAAACUCUAUUCGAUGAUUUCUUAAUCUGCAGGUCCGAAGUUUCUGUUUGGAUAUUAGAAAACUCCAAUCUACGGAGAAGAAACUAAAAAAAUAAAGACAGGAAUAUCUCACAA